AUGGACCCCUCAUUUCUAACAAAUUCUGAUGCAUCUGAAGCCAUCCCAGAUACCAAUACCAUGUCUGGUGCCAGUGUAGAUGACAUUGUCGAGACGGAAUUCCUGAUUGCCGGUGCAGGUCCAGCAGGAGCUUCUUUGGCCUGUUUUCUCACAUCAUACGGACUCAAAGGAAUCAUGAUCAGUGCAGCACCUGGCACGGAAGACACGCCUCGAGCACACAUCACCAACAUGGCUGCUCUCGAGUGUCUCCGUGAUCUUGGCCUUGACCGUGAGAUCCGAAAGGUCGCUUGCGAUGGAGAACAUAUGGUUCACACACGGUGGUGUCAUAGUAUGGCGGGCGAAGAGUACGCGCGGAUUUACUCGUGGGGAAACGAUCCGAGAAGAAAGGUAAAUUUGGAAUCCGAAUUCCCAUGUGCAUUGGCAAAGAGAGAAGGAAAGAGUAACAUGGACCAGGGAGACUACGAACGAGCCAGUCCAUGCUCGCCCGUUGAUCUGCCCCAGACGCUGCUGGAGCCCAUCCUCGUGCGCUAUGCAACAUGGCAGGGAUUCACCACGAGAUUCGACACUACGCUGUUGUCCUUUGCGCGCGACGAGAAACAGCGAAUUACCGCAACAGUCCGCGACAACCUUUCGCACAAAGAGUACCAGAUUCGGACGAGAUACCUGUUUGGUGCCGACGGGGCGCGAAGUCAGAUUGUUAAGCAACUGGGCCUGCCGCUGACCGUCAAACCAGGCCAAGGGCUUGCGAUCAACGUGCUAGUAAAAGCAGAUCUCUCCCACUUGGUGGCGCACCGAAAGGGAAAUCUGCACUGGGUCAUGCAGCCGGACCGCGACCAUCCCAGCUUCGGCUGGAUGGCCAUCAUCCGCAUGGUCAAGCCGUGGGAUGAGUGGAUGUUCAUCCUCUUCCCAACUAGAGGCUAUGAUCCUGCGAGCGUGAGCCCGUCCAAGGAGGAAUACCUACACCGAGUCAGGGAGCUAAUCGGGGACGAAACGCCUGCCGAGAUCCUGAAUAUCUCCAAGUGGUAUAUCAACGAGAUUGUGGCGGAGACAUACUCAGACGGUAAUAACGUCUUUUGCCUGGGCGACGCUGUGCAUCGACAUCCGCCACUGAACGGUCUUGGAUCAAACACUUGCAUCCAGGAUGCCUUCAAUCUCGCCUGGAAGAUUGCAUAUGUCCACCGUGGCAUUGCAGGAGCCCCAUUGCUCUCGACAUACUCCGCCGAGCGACAGCCCGUCGGCCACGGGAUUGUAACGCGCGCCAACCAGGCGUUCAGGGAUCAUCACCAGAUCUGGGCCGCGCUCGGGAUGCUCGGCGCAUCUCUCGAGGAGCGACAGCGCGCGCUUGAAGAGUUGACCGAGCCCACUGCCGCCGGGCGCGAGCGGCGUCAGACCCUCCAAAAGGCUGUUGCGCAUACAGCGCACGAGUUUCACGGCUUAGGCAUCGAGAUGAACCAGCGAUACGAGGGUCCAGGGAUCUACGACGCAGACGAGGCCGAUCCUUUUGUGCUCCCUGGCCGCGCGGCCGAAGACCCUGUUCUGUACUAUGAGCCGAAUACCUAUCCUGGUUGCCGAUUGCCGCAUGUAUGGCUGAACCGGGCCAUUCCCGGGCAGCCAGUGUCCACGAUCGAUCUGGCAGGACACGGCGCUUUCACACUGUUCACUGGUAUUGGAGGGUUCCGGCAAGACUGGGAGGAUGUGUACUUUGAAUGGGAGCGCCUUUGCGGGGUGGAAGAGAGCGGUGCGGUGCUGGUUCGUCCAGAUCGAUAUGUGGCCUGGAGAGCCGAUAGUGUGCUAAAGGAUGCUGCUGCCUGCGAGGAGAAGUUGUCAGCGGUGCUGAAAGCGAUCCUGUGUGUUGAUUGA